CUUUUUUUUUGGCAAUUCAUGUCCAUGGUACUUGAAGUAAUAGUUUGACAAAACCAAAUUCUUGGAUUUCAUCAUCGAAGUCCAUCCAUCUGAGCUUGGAUUUGGAUCGAGUUUUAGGAUUUGGAUGACCUGGGUCAUACAUUUCACAUGCAUUCACUCACUCUCAGAUUGUAAUGGGAUAACGUGGAUGAUGAUCGCAUGGUCCACGACCCAAUCCACGCUGGAAAGUUAAGCUCAGAGAGAUGUACACGUCGGACUCGUGAGGUGUGAAAAUCGUACACAGCACACAACAACAACAGAAGAUAAUCAAAGCAACCAAAGAGAUGAGCUCUCUGCGUCUCUGAUUCUGAGCCUUAAUUUUCCUGGGAGAAAAAUAAUCACGAAACUGCAAAUGUGAAGCUUCAGGGUUUCAAGUUUUCAGAGAAAAUGGAGAAAUGUUGCGAGUUCUGCAGAGCCCUAAGGCCAGUUGUGUACUGUAAAGCUGAUGCAGCACAACUUUGUCUGUCUUGUGAUGCAAAUAUCCAUUCUGCUAACACAGUUUUUAAUCGGCAUCAGCGCACUGUCUUAUGCGAAUCCUGCCAAGGCCGUCCUGCUUAUGUUCAGUGUUUGGAUCACAGAAUGUUUAUGUGCAAUGCCUGUGACAGGAGCCAGCACAUGCCAUCUUCCCAACAUCAUCACAAACGCACUCUCCGGAGUUACACGGGCUGCCUGUCUGCCAAAGAUUUUGCAGCAUUGUGGGGUUUCCAAUCAAAUGAGAUGGAUAACAAGACUCUAUCCACUUCUUGUGGUUCUUGUGACUCUAGUGUGGUAAACUAUGAUACUAAUGGGCAGUCCUACUCACUUAUUGAAUCUCUUUCAGCUGGUGCUCAGUUUGAAAUGGGAUCAACAUCGACCAGUAAACAAUACAAGAUAUAUUGUGAAGGUGAAGACCAUAAGAAGAAUAGUUUUAUUCUGCACCAGAUACUUGACUUGGAAAGGCUGCAGCUAGCCGAAGGGAAUAGCCCUUCAGCACAAAGUGACCUAUCUUCUUCAGCACAUAAUACUUGGAAGAGCUGUGAUGAGAGUCAUGAUCAGCAUUUACAACGUUGUGGGACUACUGUUGUUAACUUUCAGCUAAAGGAGAGUCCGCUUCACAAUCCAAAAGACGACCCCUUGCCAUUUCCAUUUUCUCAACCAGAGCAUUUACUAUCAAAUUCAACUAUUGAGCUUCCGUUGCAGACAGAUUCCAUUUGGCAGUGCAGAAGUCCGGUCCAAAGUAGUCAGCUGUGGUCUCAAAAUAUGCAAGACCUUGGGGUUUGUGAAGAGCUUGUUUGUCAUGAUGAUUUCAACAUACCUGAUGUUGACUUAACAUUUCCAAAUUUUGAGGAACUCUUUGGAGGUGAUCAAGAUCCUACCAGAGUUCUGCAUGAUCAUAAAGAUGUCUCAUAUUCCUCAGUGGAGAGGGACAUGUCCGUCAAUAAAUCAGACGACAGCAACUCAAGCGGAAUGGUGGAUGCAUCAGAGGCUUCUUCUAUGUACCUUACUCCGCCUGCAGACUUUGACAAAGCCUGUAACAUAAUUCAAAACAUUUCCACAAGCAUUGAUUUUGGACUAUCUUCUUCAACUUUAUCAUUCUCUGUACCAAGGAACUUCACCAUUAACAACAAUGCAGCUUCCCAUGAUACAGUACAUUCAAGCACUUCACCUGAUGUGGAUGCUGGACAGCUACAAGUCGGAGCGAAUUCUCAUAUGAGGUACAAGGAGAAGAAGCAUUCUCGACUAACUGAAAAGAAAUUUCCAUAUUCGUCAAGGAAAGCUACAGUUGAUGUUCAUAGGAGAGGAAAGGGUCGAGUUGUUAAGACAGAAGAAGAAUGUGAUUCGGACACCAUUGACGUGAUAAGAAAUUACUGAUCGAACUUUAGCCAUCUUUGUCCGCAAGUACAUAUUACCAUGUUCCAGAUGAAGGUGCAAUCUGGUUUAAAAUUUACAGUCAGCAAAGCAAGCAUGAACUUCUUCUUUUUUUACAGUAGUUGCUUCGUUAACACACUUAGCAGUAAAUUUAUUGAAAUUUUUUACGCACUUUUUAUGUGGAUCAGACUUUAUUGAAAUUGAAGAGUUAUGAGAAGACAAGUCAUCAGUUCUUUCCUUAAUUAACAAAAGAAAGAAAACGCCAUUUUUACCAG